GUGAUAAUCUGUAGUCUGCACCUGUCAAAGUUUCAAUGGCGGACGUCCUCAUAUUCUGAUCGCAACAAACAUAUUUAUCACGUUUUUAACCAACUUUAACGCUACAUGAAUAUAUAUUCCACCGUAAAAACAACAUAAACGGUGAACAAUGUCCACUGUGGUGUCGGACUGUUUCACAAUCGGCAGUAUAGUUGCGACGCGGACGUGUUACAAUGAAAAUAUUGAGGGAGAAGUUCUAGCUUUUGAUCCUCAAACUAAGAUGCUUAUACUCAAAUGUCCGUCUUCGAGCGGUAAUCCUAAGCGCCACGACGUAAAUAUUGUGAAUCUAUCGUUGGUUAGUGAUGUCCAAAUCAAGAAAGAAGUGACUACGGCGCCCGAACCCCCACAAUCUCUCAACUUGCACAGAUUAAACACACGAGUCCGCAAUUCAAUAGAGAAUAAGAGAAGAUUAGUGUCAGCAUUAUCAGCAUGUCUGGACCCGGAGGGCCAGCGGCUGUUCAUGGCGAUUGCACGAGUCAUCGACGACGUCUCCUGGGCUGGGCAGAACAUCCGGGUCUACAAUGAAGUUAUAAUCACUCCUCCUUACAAGGUUGACAACGUAAUAGGCGAAAAAGACUCUAAACCAUACAAUUACAUAAAGAAAUUCGUGGAACGACAUUGGCGCGAUCACCGUGAUUACCGCGAUCACACAGCGCCCAACUCAAGCCAACACCAGUAACAACUAUAUAAUAUAUAACUAUUAUACAUAUAUUUGUAUAUCUUAUAUAUAUAUAUCUAUAACUCAUAUAUAAAGACGCUGUUUUUGAAAUUCAAAAGUUAAUAGACAAAAUUAUUUAUGUCAAAUAGACCAGGCAAUUUUGAACGUCAAAGCAAAUAUAAUAAUAUUAAUAACGUCUGUCUGUCGGUCAGUACUCUAGUGUAAAAUUGUGAAAAAAAAUUAUAAACUUAAUAAGCUUAGCAUCUGUUAUUUUACAUAGAAACCCGCUGCUUGGCUCCUAUUGGUCAUAGCGUGAUGUUUUAUAGCCUAUAGCCUUCCUCGAUAAAUGCACUACCCAACACAAAAAUAAUUAUUCAAAUCGGACCAGUAGUUCUGGAGAUUAGCGCGUUCAAACAAACAAACUCUUCAGCUUUAUAAUAUUAGUAUAGAUUAGGCACUUUUGAAACGUCAAAUUGAAUUGUCCGUCAGUGAAGCUAGGUGCUCGUUCCAAAGUGUAGCUUCGAAUGGAGAAGAACGAGCAAGAAACUCAAUCUUUCUGAUACAUUAUUUGAUCAUUUACCUAGUUUUACCCUAUUUGUUGAACAAAUUGCAUCAAAAUCCGUUGCGUAGUUUUAAAGAUCUAAGUUUUCAAUGUACCAUAAGUUUCAUGUAAAUCUUUUCAGUAGUUUUUUUUAAUGUCCGUCUUGUAGAUUAUUUUAAAACAUUACACACGUAUUUUUUAUUUUCUUACGGAAACAAAUACUUUCGAAGAUAUAUCCAUUUCAAAUAUCGCGUGACGUCACUUCUAGGUACAUUUUAUACGUAGAAUUGACGUAGCUGGCUCCCUAACUCCCUAAACUUUGAUUCGUUUUUAUCUAAGUAUUGUUAUCUUAUAUGACAAAACAAAAUACGUGUCUAAUAUUUUUUCAUUACCUAACUGACGGACUAAAUAGAUUUUUAAUUUUCAUACCCCGUCAUUAUCCCAAUUGUUUUGAAAUUUAAUAACAAUAGGUUUUUUGUGAAUUUCAAAAAUAACGUCUUUAUAAUAAAUUACAUCAUUCAAUUCAAUAGUAGCUAUUAUUUGUAUUACUAUCAAAAUAUAUAUUUGUUUUAUUAAAAAAAACAAUUGGUUUUAUAUUAUAUAUCGUCAUGAGCUAAUGGUAACAUGUAAACAGUGACUCGUGUAGUGUAGAGAUUGUCCAGUCAACUGAUGGUAGCGUGGACUGUCCAGGCGAUACUUAGGUAUAUAAUAUAAAAUUAUUUGGAUUUUAAAUACAUUAUUGAUACAAUUAAAAUAUUUAGUUUCAAAAAAAUACUUAGUUUAUUUUAGUUUUUUUGAAAAUUCAUAGUAGUAGCUUCGUAUCUUCAUAUUUUUAAUAUGGAUGAUUACUAAAUAGGUAUUUUAUUCAAUCAUUUACCCAUUCUGGGUAUAAAAAGUAUAAAUCUAAUCAUAUUUUAUUUGUAUCAAUAUAAUUUAACCGUUAUAUAUCAUAAUUUGAAUAUUACAUGAUAUUUUAUUAACAAAAAAAAAAACAUUUAAUAUGGGAAUAAUGAAAUUUUUAACCAAAAAAAUUUAACAUCUUAAAAUAUCAUUCAUAUUUAAUCAAAAUUUUACAAUAGCAUAAAUAAAUAUCAGUUUUCAUCGUACGCAUCGCACGCAACGGAUUUUAGUUUGUCUUGUGUAGAAACUCAUACAACUGCGUCCACUGAUCCGCAUCGUACGGACCGCAUCAUCGGCAAUGCCUACAUGCGAUGCGUACUGAUGACGUCAUACGGAAUGCGUGCGAUGCGUACGGGCCUGUGGACGCUUUUCUUUAAAACGUGAAAAUUGGUUGUUUUUUUGCCUUUUCAACAUGAAAUAAAUAUAUAUGUUUUUAUAUAUAUUAUAGAAAUUAUGUAUUUGUCGGAAAAUUUUAGUUUUUUUUCUUUUUUUCUUGUUUUUUUUUUAUACGGACUCCAAAAAAAUUGUUUGUCGUCGGCUUUAGUUUAGUGGUGAUGUUCAAUUUUGAAAUGGUUUAGUUAUUUUUUUUUUUUUCGUGUAUGUCAUGUCCCACUGGUUUUCUUUUUACAAUUUUUUUCAUGAAUUUUAUUUAUCCGGUUGUUUUAGAUUUUUCAAUUGUUUUAGUUUAGAUUUGUGAUGUGUCUCAUUAAUUGAGUACUUACAGCGCUUCGGAAAGUCUUGGGUUCGAUUCCCGAGCAGGGCAUUUUAGAUGCAAUUUUUUUAUGACAACAACUUUGAAAUGCCCUCUAUUACAUUACUGUAAGAUAUCCUGAAUUUUAAUGUUUUUUUCUAGUAAAUUGUAGAUAUCAAUCAAAAUUGAACACUGUCACUCAGACUAUAAGGUUCACAUCCCGGUACGGUUUGGAGCAAGUAUAUAGUAUAUAGUAUUUAUAUAACUACUGUUGGAGUAAGAACUAGUGAAAAAAAUAAUUAAAAAAAUUAAAAAAAGGA